CAUCAACGCCCACUACAAAUGACCAUUCGGCCAAAGCACACGACCGCGGCGGCUAAGAUGACCGUCCGCAGACAUGGAUAGAUGCAUGUUACACGACAGACGGCUGGGUCCACCACCAUCCGCUCCCCUCAUCCAGACGAAAGGCGGCCGCAGGUGACGGGGCGGUCGAACUGCGCGGGGUCGAGCAGCUCUUGCUCAUCAAGCAUGCUCUGACAAGGCCACUCGCAAAGGACUCCAUCGUAGUCCUUAGGUCAGACUCCAGAGAUAGUCAACCCGACAUCGCACGCCAUGGUCCAGGUAUGGAGUCACCCGUUCCCGAAGACGUCGGCGGCCCCCGGGGACGGCAAGAUUGUCGCGAAACUGCUGCCCGGCGGAGGCAACGGACUGGAGGCCAUAGCCUACCAGUACCCGCUGAAGCUCAUCUCCCCGACGUCUGCCACCGGCGGCCAGAAGAGUGUGGUCGUCUUUCUCUUAUCAUACGGCGGCGGCCUUGUCGGCGGCGACUCUGUCAACCUACGCAUUGAGAUUCGCCGCGGGGCGCAACUCAGUCUCGUCACCCAGGGCCACACCAAGAUCUUCAAGUCGCCCUCGCCAGACGUUGUCACCAGCCAGGCCAUGACAGUCACCAUGGAGCAGGACUCGGCGCUCUGUCUGCUUCCUGAUCCCGUCCAACCAUUCGAGGAGAGCGUGUACACCCAGACGCAAAUCUUCAAGCUGGCCAGCCGAUGCUCACUAUGUCUCCUGGAUUGGGUCACGGCAGGCCGCACGGCUCGUGGCGAGAACUGGAGCUUCGUCAACUGGAGGGGUCGCAACGAGGUAUGGCUGACUGGGACCGAUCGAUCCCGGGACCGCUUGCUCGUUCGGGACUCGGUGAUUCUUUCGCGACAAGGCAGCACAGCGGUCGGCCUUCCAUUGAGAGACACCAUGCACAAGAUGUUCGUGUUCGGGACUCUAAUACUCCGGGGAACCAUGCUCCAGCCAGUGGGCAAGUUCUUCCUGGCUGAGUUCGACGCCCUGCCCCGCCUAGGCGCUCGUGACUUUCGAACCAAGGAGGCGCGAGAAGAGGAGAGCAAGAACAUGUCCAACUUUGAACUGUGGCGCUCUGAGCGGAUCGAGCGAGAGAAAGCCCAAGGAGUUUUGUGGUCUGCGGCGCACGUCAGGGGCUGUGUCAUUGUCAAAUUCGGGGCGCCAGAUGUCGAGGCGGGUAAGGAGUGGCUUGGGGGUAUGCUAAUGAAGGAAGGUACGGUGGAAGCGCGGUUUGGCGAGGAGGCGCUCAUGUGUGUGAGGUAGUGGAUGUGAUCUUGGCGAAGUAAUUUCAGCGUUGAUAGUAUACCCAAAUUUGCAAUACUGGGCAUGGUGACAUCAAUGUCCCAAACCCGGAGACGUGAGG